UCCGUCGCCUUGGCAACGGGACGCGGAGGCUAGCGCUUGGCGCGGUGGCGGUUUGGGUCCGGCCCUGGGGAAUCAUAGCAUGUCGCGCCCGAAGAAUCAAAAUUACAAGGGCCAUGGACUGUCAAAGGGAAAAGAGCGAGAGCAGAGAGCGUCAAUCCGGUUCAAGACCGCUCUCGUAAACACUCUCAUGGACGUCCUUCGCCGCAGGCCAGGAUGGGUGGAAGUAAAGGAUGAAGGGGAAUGGGAUUUCUACUGGUGUGACGUCAGCUGGCUCCGGGAGAACUUUGACCACACCUACAUGGACGAGCACGUGCGCAUCAGUCACUUCCGAAACCACUACGAGCUGACGCGCAAGAACUACAUGGUGAAGAACCUGAAGCGGUUCCGGAAACAAUUGGAGCGCGAGGCCGGAAAGCUGGAGGCAGCCAAGUGCGACUUCUUCCCCAAAACCUUUGAGAUGCCAUGCGAGUACCACCUGUUCGUGGAGGAGUUCCGCAAAAACCCGGGAAUCACCUGGAUCAUGAAGCCUGUAGCCCGGUCCCAAGGGAAGGGCAUCUUCCUCUUCCGGAGGCUGAAGGACAUCAUGGACUGGAGGAAGGGCACCGCGGGCAAGAAGCUGACCAGCUUAGAGGCCCCGCCGGCCCGGAACGCUGUCAAUCCCUCUGGCAGCCAUGAUGCGAGAAGUUCUGACGACCAGAAGGAUGAGAUCCCUGUGGAGAACUACGUAGCUCAGCGCUAUAUCGAAAACCCCUACCUGAUAGGAGGCCGCAAGUUUGACCUGCGCGUCUAUGUGCUGGUGAUGUCGUACCUCCCGCUUCGGGCCUGGCUGUACCGGGAUGGCUUUGCCCGAUUCUCCAACACCCGCUUCACCCUGAGCAGCAUUGAUGACCAGUAUGUUCACCUCACCAAUGUUGCUGUGCAAAAGACAUCUCCUGACUACCACCCGAAGAAGGGCUGCAAGUGGAUGCUCCAGCGCUUCCGUCAGUACCUUGCGUCCAAGCACGGGCCCGAGGCGGUGGAGACGCUCUUCAGCGAUAUGGACAACAUCUUUGUCAGGAGCCUGCAGAGUGUGCAGAAGGUGAUCAUCAGCGACAAGCACUGCUUUGAGCUGUACGGCUAUGACAUCCUCAUAGACCAGAACCUCAAGCCGUGGCUCCUGGAGGUCAACGCAUCCCCGUCGUUGACAGCCAGCAGCCAGGAGGACUAUGAGCUCAAGACCUGCCUCUUGGAAGACACCCUGCAUGUGGUGGACAUGGAGGCCAGGCUCACAGGAAGGGAGAAGAGAGUGGGAGGCUUUGACCUCAUGUGGAAUGAUGGCCCUGUCAGCAGGGAAGAGGGGGCUCCUGACCUGUCGGGGAUCGGGAACUUUGUGACCAACACACACCUUGGCUGCGUCAAUGACCGGAGCAACCAGCUGAGGCAGCUAUUCCGCUCCCUUCAGAGCCAGAAGAAGGCCUCCAGUUAG